AUGUUAAUAGAAUAUGUUCGCGUAGUAUAUUAUGAAUAUGUAGAUUCAUUUCCUAAAUGGAAAGAUAUUAUGGAAAAAAUAAAAAUUGAAGGUACAACAUCUUACGCCACAGAAUGCAGCGGCGAACAAUUAAAUAUAAGGUAUAAUAAGUUUAACUUUAAUACAAAUUGCCCCAAAGCUUGUUUGUAUUUAAAUAAAAUAGAUGGUGAUCACUAUAGAAAUGAUAACCUAAAAAGGGCAGCUUGUAUAUACAUGUAUUAUUCGAUAUAUGAUCAUUUGAAGGAAGAAGGAAGUGAUAGCCAAAUCCAAAGA